AUGGCGCAGUGGGACAACUUAGGCUGCGCGGCCUCCGUCGCGCAGCUGGCCGGAGUGGACGCGCUGGGGCUCAUCUCGACGAUCCUGCAGGCAGCCCAGGCGGUUCGGCACAACCGAGAGACCUGCCAGGAGCUGGUGCAGGACCUGCAGAUGAUGGAGGACCUGCUGAAGCUGCUGAAAGAGCCGGAGAUGAUGAGGCAGGACGAGAUCAAGAACGUGCUCAACGGGCUGGACACGACUCGCGCUCAGGGAGGCCGACAGCAGCCUCGUCCAGUCCUCCCGGGAUUGCGGCGUCGCGUACCGCGCGCGUCUUCAUGGGGUGGAAUUAAGCAGAGCGACCAGUUCCGGCGCGUCAAGAAGAAGAUCGCCAAGCACCUCAGGUUCUACCCAAUGAUCAGCCACGCCGACAUAACCCGCCGCCUCGAAGAACUUGGCAGGAGUGUGCAGUCGUCAUCGUCAUCCCAGCAGGAUUCACAAGAACUGCGGACAUCGUCUACCAGCAGCCAAAACCCUGAAACUCGGAGUCUAGUUGGGACACCUUCUGUAAUGGAAACUGAACCAGUUGAAAUUGAAACUGAGCCUGCUGAAAUUGAAAUGACCCAAGCACGAACGGAGUCCACUAUAGUUGAGGAACACCAGCAAUCAGGUAGUAAUGAGAAGAAUGGUUCACUGCCGACUAAGAAGCGGAGAUUUGUGUUGAAGUUGCCUCUUUCGGGGAAAAAGUGGUCGACGUUUGCACGGGGGAAGGGAAAAGUAGAAACACCACCUUUCAUUGCUGAACUGACCGGACCAGGCUUCACAUUUUUCCACUUCACCCAAUUGUCCGCGGCAACAAAUAAUUUUGCAUCUGAAUACAAAAUUGAAGGUUGGGGAUCAGAUGAUGUUUACAAGGGACGAUUGCCCAAUGGACUUGAAAUCAUGAUCAAAAGGAAACCACAUCCAAAUACUUCUGAACCAUUGAUCAGAUUGAAAGAUGAAAUUCGGUUUCUUGCAAAGCUUCAACACAUGAACAUAGUUAAGCUUGUCGGAUGUUGCACUGAAAGAGGAGAGGCACUUCUAGCCUAUGAAUACAUGGCAAAUGGAAGAUUGACUGACAUCAUAAGUGUUGGCACAGGAACAAAGAGAUUUCUUGACUGGUCUAAGCGCUUCAAAAUAAUUAUAGGGAUAGCUCGUGGUCUUCUUUAUCUACAUGAGUGUUGCGGGAUGCACAUUAUACAUGGCGAUUUAAGUCCACGAAGUAUUCUCUUAGAUUCUAAUAUGGCUCCUAAGAUUACUGAUUUUGCCUGCUCGAACAAUUAUCGUCCGGAUGAACACCGUGGUAGUUUACAUGGCACAAUGGGCUAUAUGGAUGCUAACAAUCACAGAGUUUACUCUGUGAGGAGCGACAUCUUUAGCUUUGGUAUGACUCUUCUUGAGAUCAUUACUGCACAGAGCACGCGUGAACUUCAAAAUAACGAGAACUAUGAUCCUCUGAGACUUUGGACAAUGGAAAGAACGGCGCAGUUAAUAGAUCCAGCAUUGCAUGGUGAACCUCGUAUGGCUGAGAUAAUGAGAUGCAUUCAGGUAGCACUGUUGUGCACCGGAUCUGAUGGAAAAGACCCGCUAAGCAUGUGGGACGUUCUUCUGAUGCUCAGCUGCGAGAGUGCGGUCAUACCUACAGUCCCUACGCCACGGGGCGAGAAUCCGCAGAUUACACAACACCCAGAGGCGUCUGGUAGUGGAUGGGGUUACCAUGAUGAAGGGGAACUAUCAGAUUCAGAUAUCGUUGAUGCGAGAUGGUGAUUUUCUGUGAAGGGGGCACUAGAAUAUGGAACUAACACCUUUGUUCAGACUGUUUCUUAACCAGGUACAGAGAGUAUUCCUAUUUGUAUUGGUAUAUUACUAGGAUGGAUUUAGUACACGUAAUGCCUCUACUCUGAACUUAAUUUUGUGAACAGACCCUUCUUUCAGUUUAUAAUUGAGUAGUAUAUAUGAAUGUACACAAUAAAGCUCCCGUGUUUUUUAGUUUGGCAA